AUGAAUCAGAGCAAGACCGAAUUUGAGCCUUUUGAAUAUUCCUACAACGAUUAUUCAGACUGGUACUCGAACAACGCAGAGCCAACCAAAUCACCCAAAGAGGUCAUUUUGCCAUGUGACCCCACAGCGGACGACAGGGUCUUCCACAUAUGCAUGCUGUCGAUAUCUCUGGCGGUGGUGUUAAUCCUGGCGGUUCUCACCAGGAAAAACAAACUCUGCCAAGGAUUCACAAGAGGAUCCUCCAGUAUCUUCAGUCCGGCCAACUUCCUGGACCAGACUCAGCAGAAAGGCCUCGUCAUGGCUGUUUUUGGUCUGGUGUUCAGCAAGCUGGCGAUGCUGGUGAUCACCCCAGACCCUCUGCCCUUCUCCAAAGACACUCCAGCGAACGUUAAAGAGUACAUGAAGAUAGUCGCCAUCUUCUACUACCCCGUCCUGUACUACCCUCUGUUGGUGUGUUGCACUCUGCAGCACAAGGCGGGCUACGUGUUGGGGACGCUCCUCUCCGUCGGCCACUUCGCGGUCCUGGCGUGGCAGAAGUUCGACUGUCCAAAGACUCCAGAGAUCUAUAAGUACUACGCUCUGCUUGCGAGUCUGCCUCAGCUGGCCUGCCUCGCAUAUCUCUGCGUGCAGUUCCCUUUGCUGUUUGUGAAAGGACCAAAUACCGACGAGGACCUUGACAGCAGCUACUACACCAACUAUGUGAAGUUGCUCCUCAAGAAGAAGUCCUCGGCUGCCAGCUCUUCAUCUUCAGACAAACCAACGCUGGCAGAGAGGAUACUGGCGGUGCCUAAGAGUUAUAUUUAUAUACCAGAAAAAGUGUUUCGCUUUCCACUAAAACUGGCCGUGUCAGCGUUCGUCGCCCUCGUGGCGAUAUAUCACACGGCGUUGCUGCUCGUCGUCCUGGUGGUGCCCACCGUCCACAUUGUCCGCGCCGGCAUCGACGAAAACAUCGCCUUCCUGUUACUGGGGUUCGGCAUCGUCCUGUCAGACGACAGGAUGGAGGUCGUCGAAAUUGUGACCUUCUAUACUUGGUUGCUGGAGGUGUGCUACCUCUGUGCUAUGACCCUGUCUUGUUUGGUCAGUCUCAUCAUGCUCAUGAGGUCCAUGGUACUUCACAGGUCAAACCUGAGAGGACUGUAUAAAGGUGACGUUUACAGCGUUUACAACAGCCAGAAGACCAUCCGUCCAUCCAAACCUGGUGUUGUCUGUUGGAUUGGGUUGACAGGAUACCAGGCUGCGAUCGUCUGUGUCGGAAUGGGAAUUCAGACCGUCGUGUUUUUCAUCUGCUUCUUGUUCCUGGUGUUUUUGAUCAUCAUGCCCGUCUUCUACGGUCGUAACCUCAUCGCCUUCACGAUGGCAGGGAAGGCGUGGCCGGGCUGGGUCACGGUCACCCUGGUUACGGCCCUUCAACAUGUGGCCGCUAAGUUCGCUUUCAUUAAAAAGGAAGCCGGUACGAGAGACUUGAACAACAGAGAGAGUCUGUUCCUCCUGACGUACCUGCUGUUCCUGAUAAACAUCGUCGUGGGACUGAUAGUCGCAAUAUGGAGGAUGGUGAUAACGGCUCUGUACAACAUCGUCCAUCUUGGCCGCAUUGACGUCAGUCUGCUGCAUCGCACCGCAGAGUCCUACGACCCAGCCUACCGAUACUACGCCCACUCCCUGAAGGUGGAGGUCAGCCAGUCACACCCGGUGAUGAAGGCUUUCUGUGGGCUGCUGCUGGACAUGAUGAUCGAGGGCGGCGGAGCCGCGCAGAAAAUACGAGAUGCAGAGGAAGGGAUUCGGGAGAACGGGCCGAACGAGGCGACCGGCCACCGGAGGGUUCGCUCUCGCUGGCAGCUGCUGUACACGCUGGUCAACAACCCGUCCCUGCUGGGCUCCAGGAAGCACUUCCAGACACAGCAGACCUCGGAAACCGUCCCCAACGCGACCCCCAACGCGAUCCCCAACGCGACCCCCAACCGCAGCUCCAAGAAAGGCAGCGUGGAGGUGGAGCCUGCGGCCAAGCCAGUCCGACCCACCGAGACCCCCACAAACCAAGAUAAAACUGAUUGA